GGCAACCUGGCACUCCCACCAAUAUUUUCAACCCACUUUGCCAAACAAACGACAACGAUUAUCACGAACUGCCAAAAAGACGUACAUAAAAACUCCACCCUUGAUUUACCCCCUGUACUAUACAAAAAAGGGGAUACACACAAAGAAGUUUAAUUCAUUCUUUAUCAUGUCAGUAGAUCUUCCUUCGGUCCGCCAAAAUGACUGAAGCGGCUACGAAUGGUGCCUCGCACGGUGGCAUCGAUUUUGCUUCAGCCAAGCCCGCUCUCUAUUCUUCUUCUACCAAAACACGAAUAUCUCAACUACGGGCGGUCGAGGAGAAAUUAAAAGACAAGACUAUCGAUCAGUCUUCAAUACCAAAACUUUUACAAUUACUAUUUGAUACCCACCGUUUAUACGAUGAUCGUCCCUCUAGGAGGGCUGUUGAGUCUUGUCUUAGCUCCAUCUUCGCUGCGACCGACGAUGCCAAGAUCCUGACGCCGUUUAUUUCUUCCUUGCGACAGGAAUCUCAGAAGCCUGGAAUAGCUGCGAAGAAUGCAUUCGUUUUGGUCGAGUGGUGCUCUAUUAUUUUACAAAACCUAGCCGGAAGACCAUUGUGGGACAAAUUUGGGCUCGAAAUCAUACAUGCCGACGCCGCGGUUCUCGAAAAAUGUCUACAAUCCACAACUAGACCGAGUGUCGCACAAUCGGCCUUAGUGGUUACACGUCGCGGUUUGCGCGCAGCUUUCUGGCGCAGUGGUCUAAGAGAAAAAGCUAUCCAGGAUGCAGUACAAGCUCUUACUGUUAAGGGGGCCCAGCCGACCGCGAAGAAUGCUAUUCUCCUCGGUGUUAUUGCUGGGGUCUGUUCUCGCCACGAACAAGCUAAGGCCAUCUUGGCCAGCAAGAAGUCGGAAUACUUCACCUUUUUCACUAGGGAAAUUGUAGGAUCUCGUACACCCGUACCAGCUCAUAUUGCGACCGGCCUCCGGGAUUUCUUCUCCGAUUUUGUUACUCUGGACGAUCUUGAUAAAGACAUUAUACCACCUAUCGAAAAAGGUCUCCUGCGAGCCCCCGAAGUAGUUCUAGACCUAGUAGCACUGUUGGUUCGUGCACUUCCGGAAAAAAUAGAUCUUUCCCUGAUCUUGAAUGGGCGACUUCUGAAGCCCUUAUUAUCGAAUGCCAAGUCCAGCAACGCCACUAUUCGAGAGGGCGUUUUAGCUGCUUUUAAGGAGACGGUGGCCCGCAGCCACGACGCGAAACUGACAGACCAAAUUGCCGAGGAGGUCCUCAACCCUCUCAAGUCUGGGAAGUUGGCUUCUGCAGACCAACGUAUUCUUCAUUCACAAAUGCUGGAGCACGUGCCCUUUUCCAAUUCGAUAGCAUCAAAGGUUGCUACCGGUCUUCCGCCGGUUGCAACUAAAGAAGGAAACGAAGGGGCUCUUGGAGCUGAAAUAGCUGUCAUAAGUCGAGCUGUUUCAUAUUUACUGAAGGAUGGCGCCGACUUGCCAAAACCCGCAAUUGACGCGUUCGUCAAGGGCCUUGGAGAUAAGAAGAUACCUUCACGAAGGCUAUGGCUGCUUCGAGUUGGGGAGAUAUUUACCCCUUUUACUGAAGAUGCUCAUUCUAUCCCAGCAAAUGCAACCAAGGUAGCCGAGGCUAUCGCAGGGCCUCUGGCUGAUACCUGGGCUGAAAUUAUUAAGAAUCCUUCGGCUGCCGCCCAAGGUGGUUUGAUCGUAGGCGCUUAUGUCUUUGCCGCCCUGUCAUUACAAGUUCUAUCUAAGGUCGACAGUGCUGCUGUUAAGAUGGUUCUCAGAAAGACUUCUGUCUCAAAAGAGUGUCUUGUGGCUGACCCGAAACCUUCAUUUCUGCUCAAUCACCGUGUAUACAGCCGACUCACCACAGAAGAUGAUACUAGAUGGUUUCUGCGAGCGCUUACGGCCACCUAUGGCGAUGUGUCAAAAGCCCCUAGGAAUGUGCAAGUGGUCUGGUUUCAAGGCUUCAUUUAUCUUAUAUCUUCUACUACAGUCCCCCCUCAGGUUCGCAAGGAAACUGGCGAGACUAUUUCAAAACUUUAUGUUCGAGAUCCGACUUUUGCCUCCGGAGUUGCUAUCGAUGGAUUGUGGCGGUGGAUCGAAUCCUCGCACACAGAAGAUAAGGAUAGCAUAGCAGCAACCGCCAAAUUUGAAAACGCCCAUUUACAUCUCAUCCUCCGAUCAAUCUGCUUAACCAGCGAUGAAUUCAAGGAAUUGGGUGCUGAGAAAUCUCAGGAGGAGCUUGCGAAGCAGAUGUGCUCACUGCUAGUUAUCGCUCGAAAUGAUUUAGUACCACGGGCAAGUUGGAUAGACCUCUGCCUCAAGGUCGGAUUAGAUCCUGGGAGCCUAGCCCAAAGAUACGAACAAGAAUUGAUACAACAAGUGGUCGAUAAGACAAGUUUCGACCAGAAGUCGAAAGUAAUCAAAAUUGCUGCUUGUAACGCAGCGGCGGAUCUUGCUUUUGUGGCACCGGACACUGUAACUCCGAAGAUCAUCGAACUCAUCCGAGCGGACUUAGCGACGGAAGAACUCAAGGAAGUCGGUCCUGUCGAAGCAGCGAUUUUCCGGACACCAGAGGGGACAGCCUUUAUUGAUGUUCUCGCAAAGAAGCAAACACUCCCAGACAAGAACACCAAAGAUUAUGAUACUCUGAAAUGGGAAGAAGAGCUUCGAAGUCAAUUAGCACAGAAAAAGGGACAGCAAAGAAAACUUACCGCCGAUGAACAGGCUAAGGUGAAUGCUCAACUCAAGAAAGAGUCUGAAAUCCGGCGAUCUAUCCAACAAUUGGAAUCACGGCUUAUCCGUGGUUUCGGUAUUAUCAAGAGCCUCGUCAAUAGUCCACCAACAGAGCCAAACCUAUGGAUUGGCCCCUCGAUGAGCGCGCUGCUAGCAGCUUUGGAAGCUGGCGCGGGCCUCAUCACCGGCGAUGCCGGACCUACGGCUUACCUAGCAUGCUCUGAUCGUGUUACUACUAGGCUCGGAGCUAUCCGGCCAUUCAUUGGUAUCGCGACAUUGCGUGCUCUUGAAAUUAGUUCUCUCCCGGAAAACCUGACCGAAGAAGGGCUAGAAGAGCUCGUAACCAGAGUUCUAUAUCGUCUUCGCUUCGCUGGCGAGCAGCGCCCAUUCGACGCUGUGUCUGUCAUUUACAUGCUAUCUUUAAUUUUCGUGAUACUACGGACAGGUGGUAUCGGAGCCGGCACCGAUGAGAGAGACGCCCAAUUGGUAUUGGCGAUCGAGUUCCUCAACUUCCACACUCAUAUUUGUGCCGACGAAACUAUUCCACGAGCUGAUCUCCUUGCUAUACUGACUGCCUCAAUACAGAAAUAUAACCAACACUACAAGAUUAUUAAGGAUUGUUUCUCUGACAUGGUCCGUUGCGUUGCUCCAAAUAUUAGCCCCAACGAGAUUGCGGUCCUUGCAAAAGGUGCAAUUGUCCCUCAAGCCUCGGUUCGUGAGACGGUAUUGCAAUCGAUCAGCGCCGAAGUGGAUAUGAGUGAUCUUGACUUUUCGGAAGAAAUUUGGAUUGCGUGCCAUGACGAUAUCCCCGAAAAUGUUGACCUUGGACACGAGAUUUGGGAGGAGAGUGGAUUUGAGCUUUCUAAAGACGUUCCAUUCAAGCUGCUUCCUUACCUUGAAAGUAAAGACGCGCAAUUGAGGAGGGCAGCAGCACGUUCUUUAGCUGAAGCGUGCAAAGCGUACCCAGCAACAGUCGAAAACGUGCUAGGAAAACUCCGAACUUCGUAUGCGGAGUUUGCCAAACCCCGAACUCCCCAGCUCGACGAGUAUGGCAUGCCGAAGAAGACCGAUUUAUCCGAUCCUUGGGAGGCAAGACAUGGUUUCGCGGCGGCUUUCAGAGAACUUGCUGCUAUCCUACAGAAAUCUCAGAUUGAUGAUUUCUUCAAUUUCCUAAUUGAAGGCGGGCCUUUAGGUGAUCAAAAUGCAACCGUGCGCAGUGAGAUGCUCGAAGCGGCGCUGGUGGCGGUUGAUCUCCAUGGCAGAGCUCUCGUGGAUAAACUAAUGAAAACGUUUGAGCGUACCUUGGCCGCCCCUGACAAGGGCUCGGAAGCCGCAGACCGCGUUAAUGAAGCCGUCAUCGUGAUGUACGGUGCCCUCGCUAGACAUUUAAAACCUGGAGAUGCAAAGAUCCCUGUUGUCAUAGGCAGACUACUCGCUACUCUAAGCACACCAUCCGAAGCUGUGCAAUACGCAGUAGCAGAAUGCCUACCACCUUUAGUACGGACCUGUGGCGACAAGUCGUCCAAGUAUUUUGAUCAAAUACUUGAUACCCUUCUAAAUUCUAAGAAAUAUGCCGAGAAACGGGGUGCCGCGUAUGGGUUGGCUGGCUUGGUUCAAGGGAGAGGUAUCUCAGUGUUACGAGAGUACCGUAUCCUUAUUACGCUGAAGAGCGCCACUGAAAACAAGAAAGAGCCUCAGCAGCGCGAGGGUGCGUUCCUUGCAUUCGAACUUCUUGCCACCAUACUCGGUCGUCUGUUUGAACCAUACGUCAUCCAAAUUGUCCCUCAGCUUCUAGCUGGUUUUGGCGAUAGCAAUGCAGAUGUCAGAGAUGGAUGCUUGGCGGCGGCUAAGGCGUGUUUCGCGAAGCUCAGUUCAUAUGGUGUCAAACAAAUCUUACCAACUCUUCUCAACGGUCUUGAUGACGACCAAUGGCGCAGCAAACGUGGUGCCUGCGACCUUCUUGGUGCCAUGGCGUAUUUGGAUCCCCAACAACUCGCACAGAGUCUUCCCGAUAUUAUACCGCCCCUUACCGGUGUGCUGAACGAUAGCCACAAGGAGGUUCGAGCUGGGGCCAACAAGAGUUUGAAGCGUUUCGGUGAAGUAAUCGAGAACCCCGAGGUGAAGAGCCUGGUAGACAUCCUACUUAAGGCAUUGAGCGACCCUACUAAGUACACUGACGAUGCCUUGGAUGCGCUGAUCAAGGUGCAAUUCGUUCACUACCUUGAUGCUCCCUCGCUAGCUCUCGUUACUAGAAUCCUCCAGCGCGGCUUGGGAGAUCGAUCCAAUACAAAGCGCAAGGCGUCUCAAGUCAUAGGAAGUCUUGCCCACUUGACCGAGCGAAGGGAUCUGAUCGCGCAUCUACCGGUACUUGUUUCUGGGUUGAAAGUGGCAGCUGUCGAUCCGGUCCCAACGACACGAGCGACAGCAUCCCGUGCGCUGGGUUCUUUGGUCGAGAAGCUUGGCGAAGAUGCUCUACCAGAUCUUAUCCCCGGACUCAUGCAAACCCUCAAAUCAGAUACAGGUGCUGGAGACCGUCUUGGUUCCGCACAAGCUCUCAGCGAGGUCUUGGCAGGACUGGGUACUACAAGAUUGGAAGAGACUUUACCCACAAUAUUACAAAACGUGGAGUCGUCCAAAGCCGCCGUCAGGGAGGGCUUCAUGUCUCUAUUCAUCUUCUUACCCGUCUGCUUCGGAAACAGUUUCGCCAACUAUCUCGGCAAGAUCAUCCCCCCUAUCCUUGCGGGUCUUGCAGAUGAUAUUGAGUCUAUUCGCGAGACGGCCCUGCGAGCUGGUCGACUUUUGGUCAAGAACUUCGCUGCUCGAGCUGUAGAUCUCUUGUUACCAGAACUAGAGCGCGGUUUGGCAGAUGAUAGCUACAGGAUUAGAUUGAGUUCCGUCGAGCUUGUUGGCGAUCUCCUCUUUAAUCUUACUGGUAUCAGCGGGAAGGCAGAUGCAGAAGAUGAGGAGGAGAUCGCCAAGGAGGCAGGCGCAUCACUUCGUGAAGUGCUUGGAGAAGAGAAGCGUAACAAGAUUCUCUCUGCUCUGUACAUCUGCCGCUGCGAUACUGCUAGUGCCGUUCGUGCGGCUGCGGUAAGCGUAUGGAAGGCCUUGGUCGCUACACCGAGAACUCUGAAGGAGCUUACACCUACUCUCACACAACUCAUCAUCCGUCGUUUGGGUAGCGAGAAUAUGGAGCACAAGGUGAUUGCUAGCAAUGCCCUAGGCGAACUAAUCCGAAAGGCUGGUGAUGGCGUCUUAUCGAGUCUGCUCCCGACUCUCGAAGAAGGCCUCCAGACUUCGACAGAUACGAACGCUAGACAAGGAAUCUGUCUUGCCUUGAAGGAACUUAUUUCAUCCGCUUCCGAAGAAGCUCUUGAAGACCACGAGAAGACACUCAUCUCCGUUGUACGGACGGCUCUCACAGAUUCUGACGAGGAUGUCAGAGAAGCUGCUGCUGAAGCAUUCGACUCAUUACAACAGAUCAUCGGCAAACGCGCCGUCGAUCAAGUACUUCCAUUCCUCCUUAACCUGUUACGUUCCGAAGACGAAGCGGAUAAUGCCUUGUCUGCUCUUCUGACUCUCCUCACCGAGACUACCAGAUCCAACAUUAUCCUACCAAACCUCAUCCCUACCUUAAUAGCUCCUCCUAUUAGCGCCUUCAAUGCCAGGGCAUUGGCAUCUUUAUCACGGGUAGCAGGUACUGCUAUGAACAGACGUCUACCCAACAUCAUCAACUCCCUCAUGGAUAACAUUGUACAUGCCAAGGACGAAGAACUCCGGGCCGACCUUGAGGCCUCCUUUGACACGGUCAUCCAGUCGAUAGACGAGUAUGACGGCCUGAAUACCGUCAUGAAUGUCUUGCUACAAUUAGUCAAGAACGAUGAUCACCACAAGCGUGCCGUAACGGCGUCCCGACUUGCCAAUUUCUUCGCCAACUCCACGGUGGAUUAUUCGCGAUACAACCAAGAUAUUAUCCGCGCUCUCCUGAUUUCAUUCGAUGAUCGAGAUAAGGAAGUCGUUAAGGCAGCAUGGACCGCGCUUAGUGAAUUCACCAAGGGACUCAAGAAGGAAGAGAUGGAGGCUCUAGUACCAUCAACCAGGCAAACACUACUACAAGUCGGUACCGCCGGCUCGAACUUGCCAGGUUUCGAGCUUCCAAAGGGUAUCAAUGCUAUCCUACCUAUUUUCCUCCAAGGUCUCAUGAACGGAACCGCGGAACAGCGAACAAGUGCAGCCCUUGCCAUAUCCGACAUUGUGGAUAGGACAAGCGAAGCGUCUCUCAAGCCAUUUGUUACACAAAUCACAGGACCCCUCAUCCGUGUCGUAUCCGAACGGUCUACUGAUGUUAAGGCGGCUAUUCUUUUGACACUCAAUAACCUACUCGAGAAGAUACCAACAGCGCUAAAACCUUUCUUACCUCAGCUUCAACGAACAUUUGCCAGGGCAUUAGCGGAUACUUCUAGCGAACUACUGCGAUCACGCGCUGCUAAAGCAUUGGGUACUCUGAUCAAGUUCACUCCCCGUGUGGAUCCGUUGAUAGCGGAGCUCGUUACUGGUUCCAAAACAUCUGAUCCGGGUGUUAAGACGGCUAUGCUGAAGGCGUUGUAUGAGGUUAUUAGUAAGGCAGGAUCCAACAUGGGUGAGAGCUCGCGGACGGCGGUUUUGAGUCUGAUUGAUAUGGACACGGACACAACCGAUUCUGCGAUGACCGUUACCAACGCCAAACUCCUCGGCGCGUUGAUUAAGAACGUGCCACCCGAAAUCGCCAACGGCUUAUUGAAGAACCGCGUAGCGACAACUCACUUCACUAAUGCUUCAGUACUCGCGCUCAACGCUGUCUUUGUGGAAUCGCCGCAGACGUUGUUAGAGAGCCCACUAGCCGAAGACUUGCCUGAUUUACUCUGUCAGGGCAUGUCGAACAAGAAUCUCUUUGUGGCAGACAACAGUAUUCUAGCAACUGGCAAAUACCUCUUGGCAGACUCACCAAAAUCGUUCGAAUCCACCAAGCCGAUCUUCUCAACCCUCGCUACUAUUAUUGGCCCUGGAAACCCAUCUGAUUCUCGCCGCCUUGCCCUCGUGAUUGUGCGCACAGUAUCUCGAGCCAAUCUGGAAAUGGUCAGACCUCACCUUCCGCUAUUAGCGCCGCCGGUUUUCGCGUCAGUACGAGAUCCUGUUAUCCCCGUGAAGCUAGCAGCCGAAGCAGCAUUUAUAGAGCUGUUCAGUGUUGUGGAUGAAGACACCAAGGUAUUCGAGAAGUAUAUGGGAGGAGCUGGAGCUGAUCUUCCAGCAAACACCAAACGAAGCAUGCAAGAUUACUUCAAGAGAGUGGCUGUACGUUUGGGUAACCAAGCAAGGGAAAGAAGAGAGGCAGAGGGUGGACAAGGUGGAUUGGGUCUGAGCAACGAUGAAGUUGAGGAUGAAAAGGAGAUAUGGAGUGUUGGUGCUGUGGAGAUUGGAGACGGUGUCUUCUCACAGGACUAGGUUAGGAUGGGUUUAUGAAUGAGGGAAGUGAUUUGUAAGGGAUGAUAGUCUACUCGGGUUCUCAUGGACAUAGUACGCAUCUAAUGUGUUAUGAAGCAUCAUGGGUUGUUCUGCAUGUAUGAAUGGUAGAGAAAAAUAAAAUCUGACGAUAUUGGACUAAGA